CAGGAGCGCAGGAUGAGACAUCAUGGCAGCUGCAGCACAUGUUUCCUUCUCCGCACAUUGUUCCUUAUUGUGAUGCUGUCAGAACAAUAAAGUCACAGCUUCAACAGACCUCUCAGGAUCUCUAGCACAGGGGCGUUUCCUUCUCCUUGCUCUGCUGUUAGAAACUGAAGCAGCUGGAUUGUUGAAGACUGCUGACAGAAAUGCUCCCAUUUCAUGCUUCCCACAAGCAAUACAGUGGUGUAAUGGAUUUACAAGCAGGUCCUAGGCUGCACUGUAUAACAAGCUAAUAAAGUCACACAAAAUACCAAUCGAAAAAAAAGAAAAUGAGGGACCGUCUGCUGGAAUUACAACAACGUGUGAAGGAAGCUGAACUCUCCAAAGAGGAGAAUGGCCAUGUUGAGCCUUCAAGUCAGGGGGAAGAGGUGGCCAUCAAGCAACAAGCCGUGAUUUUCGAAAAGGAGCCCAUUGUGGAGUCCAUCCUGAAUGACGUGCAGCGGAUCCAGGAUGAAAUCAACGAACUGGAAGAAGACAUCACGAAGUUCAGCCAGCAGCAGAAAACCCUGGUGUCCACCAUGCGCCGCUUCAGCGUUAUCAAAAAGGAGAACAACAUUACACGGGACAUCAAGAUCCGAGCCGAGCACAUUCACAAGAGACUGGAGGCCAUGUCUAAAGAGGUCAAGCAGACUGGGGCGGACAACGGGCUGACCUCUACAGUCACAAGGAUCCAGCACACCCAGCACAUCAUGCUCUUCAAGCAGUUCCAGAAGGCCAUGUCCCAGUACAACGGCACUCUGGUGGGCAAGCAGGAGAAGUGCAAGCAGUUCAUCAUCCGGCAGUUGGAGGUGGCGGGGAAGGAGGUGCGGGAGGAGGAGGUGGAUGAGAUGAUGGUGCAAGGCAAGUGGGAAGUGUUCAAUGAGAACAUCAUUAACGAAGUGAAGAUCACCAAGUCACAGCUCUCCGAGAUUGAGCAGCGCCACAAGGAGCUGAUGAACCUGGAGAGCCAGAUGAGGGACCUGCGGGAGCUGUUUCUUGAGAUCUACAUGCAGGUUGAGCUGCAAGGAGACCAGGUGAACAACAUCGAAGCCAACGUGAUCCACACUCAGGAUUAUAUUCAGCAGUCGAAUGAGAAAUUCAAGCUGGCGGUGAGAUACAAGAAGAAGCACCCUUGUAAGGUGAUGUGCUGCUGUUGUUUCCCUUGCUGUAAAUGACAACACCUCAAUACAGCUGCAUGUACAGUACUGUACAAAACAGAGGUGGUCUACGGUUACUAUUCAUCAAGAAGGAGUCUCUUAAGAAGCAGUUGGUUAUGGGAGGAUGACAGUUCCGUACAUAUUAUUCCAUCCUUCGAGGGACAUGUGGACAGCCAUUACUUGAAAAUAGGAGAACAAACUGUCACAAACUUUAGUAGUUCUACAUGUAACAGAAUUGAACAAAAGCAAUAUAGUAUAAGCAAGCUUUGAGAUAUUUGAGGGACCUUUUUUCUGUCUGCUAUAUAUUUGCCCAGUUUAUCAGCAUAUAUAUUUGUAUUUUAUUAGCCAACUGUUUUAAUAUAUAAUAUAAUAUCUAUCAGAAGGGAACAUUCCUGAACUGUAGCCGUUAUGACAAAUGGUAUUGGAUGGGUCAGGCAGUCUGGCUCGGGUCACAUGUUAGAGGCUGGUAAUCUCAAUUUAGUCCUCAGUGGACACUACUUUAGAAAAUCACCACGUUAUUUGGAACAACAGGAAGCUGCCUGAGAAAGGACUGAGAUUUUUUUUUUUUAUUUUUUUUAUGAUAGCUUUAAUAUAUAACAAGAUAUUGUAUAUAUUAUUUCAAAAUGUGAUACUAAACUCCAUGCGAACAUUAAUGAUGGCUUUUUGUAAUACCCAAUUGAUUAGAGAACAGAAACACACUAACUGCUGUAUUAUCACAUUUUAUAAUCUCCCUCUUUUAUAUGCAAUAUAUUGUGCACAUCUGCAAAAAUGUAAUAAACACAACAUGACACUGAUCAAA